AUGGCGCCCGUGCAUGGCGACGACUCUGUGUCAGAUUCAGGGAGCUUUGUAGCAUCUCGAUCCCGGCGAGAAAAGAAAUCAAAGAAAGGGCGCCAGGAAGCUCUAGAAAGACUGAAAAAGGCUAAAGCUGGUGAGAAGUAUAAAUAUGAAGUCGAGGACUUCACAAGUGUUUAUGAAGAGGUUGAUGAAGAACAGUAUUCGAAGCUAGUUCAGGCACGCCAGGAUGAUGACUGGAUCGUGGAUGAUGAUGGUGUCGGCUAUGUGGAGGAUGGCCGAGAGAUUUUUGAUGAUGACCUUGAAGAUGAUGCCCUUGAUUCUCAAGGACCAGUAAAAGAUAGUAAAACUCGCAACAAAGAAAAGAAGAAUGUAAAGAAGUCUGUGGUGACAAAACCAAACAAUAUCAAGUCAAUGUUUAUUGCCAGUGCCGGGAAGAAAACUGGUGAUAAAGCUAUAGAUUUGUCCAAGGAUGAUCUGCUAGGUGACAUUCUACAAGAUCUGACCACUGAGACACCUCAAAUAACCCCACCACCCGUACUAAUUCCGAAGAAGAAAAGAUCCAUUGGAGCGUCACUGAAUCCUUUCUCUGUGCACACCCCCAAGGUAGUUCCUUCAGGAAAAACUGCUUCCCCUGCCUCAAAGAAGGAGCCUCUGUUAACCCCUGUUCCUUUUCCACGUGCUGAACUGGCUGGAGAGCCAGCGCCAGCAGCGGUGUGCACACAUGACAAGAAGGAGUCAGGGGCCAUCGAUUUUGAAGAUGUUGACUUUGACGAGCCUAUGGAAGCUGAGGAGGUGAAUGCGGAGCCUGUGGCUGCUAAGACCUGGGACCAAGCGAGUGAGCCAGCGGAGGUGGCGAAACCUGAGGCAGAUCCUGGGAAAGGGACCACGCCCUGCUUAGGAGGUUUUCUCCCAGAUGUCUCUUGUUGGGACAUCGAUCAGGAAGAUGACAGCAGUUUCUCAGCCCAGGAAGUUCAAGUGGAUUCCAGUCACCUGCCAUUGGUAAAAGGGGCAGAUGAGGAACAAGUGUUUCAGUUUUAUUGGCUGGAUGCUUAUGAAGAUCAGUACAACCAACCAGGUGUGGUAUUUCUGUUUGGCAAAGUUUGGAUCAAAUCUGCUGAAACCUAUGUGAGCUGUUGUGUCAUGGUGAAAAACAUUGAACGAACUCUAUACUUCCUUCCCCGUGAAAUGAAAAUUGAUCUACACACAGGGAAAGAAACAGGAACUCCAGUUACAAUGAAGGAUGUUUAUAGCGAAUUUGAUGAGAAAAUAGCAACAAAAUAUAAAAUUAUGAAGUUCAAGUCCAAGAUAGUAGAAAAGAACUAUGCUUUUGAGAUACCUGAUGUUCCAGAAAAAUCUGAAUACUUGGAAGUUAGAUACUCGCCUGAAAUGCCACAGCUUCCUCAGGAUUUGAAAGGAGAAACUUUUUCUCAUGUAUUUGGGACUAACACAUCCAGCUUGGAACUGUUCUUGAUGAACAGAAAGAUCAAAGGACCUUGUUGGCUUGAAGUUAAAAAUCCACAGCUCUUAAAUCAGCCAAUCAGUUGGUGUAAAGUUGAGGCAAUGGUUUUGAAACCAGACCUGGUGAAUGUAAUUAAGGAUGUUGGUUCUCCCCCUCUUGUGGUGAUGUCUUUCAGCAUGAAGACAAUACAAAAUGCAAAGACACAUCAAAAUGAGAUUAUUGCUGUGGCAGCUUUGGUUCAUCAUAGCUUUGCGUUAGAUAAAGCACCGCCACAGCCUCCCUUCCAGUCACACUUCUGUGUUGUGUCUAAACCAAAGGACUGUAUUUUUCCAUAUGCUUUUAGUGAAGAAAUAAAGAAAAAGAAAGUGAAGGUUGAGAUUGCUGCAACAGAGAGAACACUGCUAGGGUUUUUCCUUGCAAAAGUUCACAAAAUUGAUCCUGAUAUCAUUGUGGGUCAUAAUAUUUAUGGAUUCGAACUGGAAGUGUUAUUGCAGAGAAUUAACGCGUGCAAAGUUCCUCACUGGUCCAAGAUAGGCCGGCUGAAGCGAGCCAAUAUGCCAAAGCUUGGGGGCAGGAGUGGAUUUGGUGAAAGAAAUGCUACCUGUGGCCGAAUGAUCUGUGAUGUGGAAAUUUCGGCAAAAGAAUUAAUUCGUUGUAAAAGCUACCAUUUGUCUGAACUUGUUCAACAGAUUCUGAAAACGGAAAGGGUUGUAAUCCCCGUGGAAAAUAUACAAAAUAUGUACAGUGAACCCUCUCAUCUGUUGUACCUGUUGGAACACACCUGGAAAGAUGCCAGGUUCAUUUUGCAGAUCUUGUGUGAGCUAAAUGUUCUUCCAUUAGCAUUGCAGAUCACUAACAUCGCUGGGAACAUUAUGUCUAGGACGCUGAUGGGUGGACGAGCCGAGCGUAAUGAGUUCUUGUUGCUUCAUGCGUUUUAUGAAAACAACUAUAUUGUGCCUGACAAGCAGAUUUUCAGGAAGCCUCAGCAAAAACUGGGAGAUGAAGAUGAAGACAUGGAUGGAGAUGUCAAUAAAUACAAGAAAGGACGGAAGAAAGCAGCUUAUGCUGGAGGCUUGGUAUUGGACCCUAAAGUCGGUUUUUAUGAUAAGUUCAUUUUGCUUCUGGACUUCAACAGCUUAUAUCCUUCCAUCAUUCAGGAAUUCAACAUUUGUUUUACAACAGUGCAAAGAGUUGCUUCAGACACACACAAGGUUACAGAGGAUGAAGAACAAGAACAGAUCCCCGAGCUGCCAGAUCCAGGCUUAGACAUGGGCAUUUUGCCCAGAGAAAUCCGGAAGCUGGUAGAGCGGAGAAAACAAGUCAAACAGCUAAUGAAGCAGCAGGAUUUAAAUCCGGACCUUGUUCUUCAGUAUGACAUUCGACAGAAGGCUUUGAAGCUCACGGCGAACAGUAUGUACGGCUGCCUGGGAUUUUCCUACAGCAGAUUUUACGCCAAGCCACUGGCUGCUUUGGUGACAUACAAAGGAAGGGAGAUUUUGAUGCAUACGAAAGAGAUGGUCCAGAAGAUGAAUCUUGAAGUUAUUUAUGGAGAUACAGAUUCAAUAAUGAUAAACACCAAUAGCACCAAUCUGGAAGAAGUAUUUAAAUUGGGAAACAAGGUGAAAAGUGAAGUGAAUAAAUUGUACAAGCUGCUUGAAAUCGACAUUGAUGGAAUUUUCAAGUCCCUGCUACUGUUAAAGAAAAAGAAAUAUGCUGCUCUGGUUGUAGAACCAACGUCGGAUGGGAAUUAUGUCACCAAACAGGAGCUGAAAGGAUUAGAUAUAGUUCGAAGAGAUUGGUGUGAUCUUGCUAAAGAAACUGGAAACUUUGUCAUUGGCCAGAUUCUUUCUGAUCAAAGCCGGGACACUAUAGUAGAAAAUAUUCAGAAGAGGUUAAUAGAAAUUGGAGAAGAUGUGCUAAAUGGCAGUGUCCCAGUGAGCCAGUUUGAAAUUAACAAGGCGUUGACAAAGGAUCCUCAGGAUUACCCUGAUAAAAAAAGCCUACCUCACGUACAUGUCGCCCUCUGGAUAAAUUCUCAAGGAGGCAGAAAGGUGAAAGCUGGAGAUACUGUGUCGUAUGUCAUCUGUCAGGAUGGGUCCAAUCUCAGUGCGAGUCAGAGGGCCUAUGCCCCUGAGCAGCUGCAGAAACAAGACAACUUAACCAUUGACACCCAAUACUACCUGGCCCAGCAGAUCCACCCAGUGGUGGCCCGGAUCUGUGAGCCGAUAGACGGAAUUGAUGCUGUCCUCAUAGCAACAUGGCUAGGACUCGAUCCCACCCAGUUUAGAGUUCAUCAUUAUCAUAAAGAUGAAGAGAACGAUGUUCUACUUGGUGGCCCAGCACAGCUCACCGAUGAAGAGAAAUACAGGGACUGUGAGCGAUUCAAAUGCCCAUGCCCUGCAUGUGGGACUGAGAAUAUUUACGAUAGUGUCUUCGAGGGUUCGGGAACCGAUACGGAGCCCAGCUUGUAUCGCUGCAGUAACAUCAAUUGUAAAGCUUCACCUCUGAACUUUAUUGUACAGCUGAGCAACAAAUUGAUCUUGGAUAUUAGACGCUGCAUUAGGAAAUACUAUGAGGGCUGGCUGAUUUGUGAGGAGCCAACCUGUCGGAAUAGGAUUCGGCACCUUCCCCUUCAGUUCUCCCGAAACGGACCACUUUGCCAAGUCUGCAUGAAAGCUACACUCCGCCCAGAGUAUUCUGACAAGUCCCUGUACACCCAGCUGUGCUUUUACCGGUACAUUUUUGAUGUGGACUGUGCACUGGAGAAACUUAUGACCGACCAUGAGAAAGAAAAAAUAAAGAAGCAGUAUUUCACCCCCAAAGUCCGUCUGGACUACAAAAAUCUCAAGAACAUAACGGAGCAGUUCUUGUCCCAAAGUGGCUACACCGAAGUGAACCUCAGCAAGCUCUUCGUGGAUUGCGCCGUGAGGGCCUGA